GAGAAAUUAGGGUUUUUUUUUUUUUUUUUUUCACUGUCAAAAUUUUCGCGCGAAAAUGGAAUCCGAAGGGCAAAAAGCCUCGUUGAACCCAUCGGCAAUGCUCACUUCUCUUCUGGGCAGGAGAGCCAAGCUCCACGAAGAGCUUCGAAUCAUCGAGAAACAGCAGGAUAAGAUAAAAAUCCAAACCAAGGACAAGGAGCAAGUCAAAGUCAAACCCCCCGACAACCCACCACUGUACUGGAUCGAAAUCUCCGACUCUGUCUCUCGCCGCUUCCAUUUCCACCCGGACGGUCAACUCUCCAUGAAGCUUCUGGAUGAUUCUAGAUCAGUAAUUCAUAGAACUGUUGACUCCUUUUUGAGCAAAUUUUUCCCCUCUGGAUAUCCCUACAGUGUUAGUGAAGGUUACCUUAGAUACACGCAGUUUCGGGCGUUGCAACACAUGACCAGUGCAGCACUCUCUGUGUUAUCAACUCAGUCACUGCUGUUUGCUGCAGGUUUGCGACCCACACCUGCACAAGCAACUGCCGUAAGUUGGAUUUUAAAGGAUGGGAUGCAGCAUGUAGGGAAGCUCAUCUGUAGUAACUUGGGAGCUAGAAUGGACUCUGAGCCUAAAAGUUGGAGGAUUCUGGCUGAUGUGCUUUAUGACUUGGGUACAGGCUUGGAAGUUCUUUCUCCCAUGUGCCCACAUCUUUUUCUUGAAGUUGCAGGCCUAGGCAAUUUUGCAAAGGGAAUGGCAGUUGUUGCAGCUAGAGCAACAAGAUUGCCAAUAUAUUCUUCAUUUGCCAAAGAAGGCAAUCUUAGUGAUCUCUUUGCAAAAGGGGAGGCCAUCUCUACUGUUUUCAAAGUAGUUGGAUUAGGAGCAGGAAUAUUUCUAGCAUCUACUGUUUGUUCGUCAAUGCAAGGAAAGUUGGUUGUUGGGCCUGUCCUCUCUGUCUUACAUGUAUACAGUGUUGUUGAAGAAAUGCGAGCAACUCCUGUCAACACAUUGAAUCCCCAGAGAACUGCAAUGAUUGUGGCUGAUUUUCUAAAGGCAGGAAAUAUUUCAAGCCCUGCUGAUCUAAGGUAUGGAGAAGAUCUCCUAUUUACUGGGCGGCUAAUAGAAGAUGCUGGAAAUGUUAAAGUGGGAAGGGCUCUGCGCAAGGUUGUGAAGCCUUCAAAACUUCGGGAAUUGAAAGAAAUAUUCCCAGAGGAGAAGUUUCUGCUAUAUCCUGGAAGUAAAUGGGUUGACAUGGUAUUGGAAAACAAUGCUACUGGUGAAGAUGCAUUGAGGGGGUGGCUAGUUGCUGCAUAUGCUGCACAGAUUGAGAAGUCCUCUCAUGUGCCAAGUGCUAGAGCCCUGCAAGAGGCUUAUGACAAGAUGAAUGAUAUGUUCUCUCCAUUUUUGUCUGAACUGCAGGCCAAAGGAUGGCAUACUGAUCGUUUUCUUGAUGGUACAGGAAGCCGGUUUGCCUGGUAGUAUUAUGUUAUUUCAAUAGUCCUUUACUUGAUUCAAGAUAUAGAAAUUCUUUGAUUACAGGGAUUGGGGUUUUGGACUCUCCAAAGUGGGACUAUAGUAGUGUUUAGGGAGGUAGGGAUCACUUGGAAGUUGAAACUUGCGAGGAGAUUGUACUUUAUGUCAAAAAAGAAAAAGUGCUUUGAAAUUCUACUUUUGCAGGGAAUAAACGCAGGCCAUUCUGGCUUUUAUUUGGCUACCUUACUAAUGGCAAACUUUGAAGAGUACAGGACAUGUCAUUUUGACAUAUACGGCAGGUCGUGUUGGCGUGUUGCUUCCUUGUCUUUCGCACGCCACCGCAUGUACGUUUCAGAGACGUAGGACAAGAAGAUCUGGUCUUGUUUAACGUAAUACUCAACCAAGCAGCUGGGGGUUUUGGGUGGAAGACUUUUAACCUGUUUUGCUCUGGACAUUGAUUUAUAUUAAAAAAGGUUUAAUUUUCACAUUGGUCCUAUAUAUCAAAAUUCUUUAUCCUUUUAAAUA